AUGCUCGGUGCUUCGUCGAGCAGCGAAGACGAUGACGAAGACCAACGUCUCCGAGACCGUGACGAGGCUUCGGAUAUUCUUUCCCUCCCAUUCCAUCAGGUAAAUGUAUCAAUGUCACCCCGUUCAAAUUCUCCAGCGCCUUCGGAUUCAAUCUCCCAAGUAAACAUGCCUUAUCGUGGCGAUUCGUCGUCAACUCGAGCUAGCGGUUCCAUUAAUCUUAAUGGAUCUUUCAAAACGGGUCAUUCUGUGGAAACACCUGUGUCGCAGAAACGCUCACUUCUGCCCGAUGUAUCUCAGGAUGUUUCACAAGGUACCACAAUACCUAUGCAAUCGUUCGACAGCGCUUCUCAAAGUCAUUCACUAAAACCGCAAGAUUCUGAAGAAAUGGCGGAUAGCAAUGAAGCAACGUUGAACGAACAGCAAGAGCUCACAACUCCACUCCAAGUGCCUCAGGAACCAGCUGCAAAAAUCAGUAAGGAGGAAGAAGAAAAGUUAAAAGCGGAAAAAGAGGAAGAAGAGCACAAGCAAAUGCUUCAAUUAUACGUUUUUGUGGCGCGGUGUAUCGCAUAUCACUUUAACGCAAAGCAACCAACGGAUAUGGCUAAGCGACAACUAAAGGUAACCAAACAGGACCUGGCGAGAACUAAAGAUAGAUUUCAAGCAUUUUUGAAGGGAGAGACACAGAUUGCCACAGAUGAGGCUUUUACAAAAGCAGUUGACUCUUAUUUUGAGAGUUUCCUUAAAUCUUCACGGGUAAGCAAAGUGAUUGAAUUAGGUGCCCUAUCGCAGCACGACUUCCGUGAAGUUUUUCGCUGCAAUGUAGAUAAGCGAAUUCGAUCGUUACCAGAAAUUGAUGGGCUUUCAAAAGAAACUGUGUUAAACAGUUGGAUGACUAAAUUUGACACGAUUAUGAGGGGUGAAGAUGACGGUGUACAUCAGGGCAGAAGCCGCUUGCGAGGCUUCAAUCAGUCGAAUGCAGAUCUCAUACUUGGCAAAGAGCAACUGUAUGAUAUGUUUCAACAGAUCUUGGGAGUUAAAAAAUUUGAACAUCAAAUUAUCUUCAACGCAUUACAGCUGUUAUAUGAAUCACAUUUGCAGUUGGAUAAUCCCGAUGAACAAGCUGCUGCUAUCAGACGUGAAGUUGCUACAAAAGAGGAGACAUUAAAAGAUUUUCAUAAAAUGAAAAAAAUAAUGCCAAAAUUUGUGGUAAAAGAUAUGGAAACAUUAUUUAUUGAUGAAACAAGGCAGUCUAUCAAUUUACUGAUUGCAAACUUAGAAUCUGUUCCAUUGGCUGGUAAACAGGGAAUGGGGAGGCGAAAAGAUGGAAAAGCAAAAACAAGGUACGAUGUUGGUUUAUAA